AUGCCUUUAAGGAAAGUGAUGAAGAGUGUGCCUUUGGAGCACAUGGCUGCUAAGGGGCUGUUUAGACAUGACCUGGAUGCCAUCACUCAGUGCCAACGGGAGUGCACAUCACGCCUGGCCAUGACCAUACAGCUGGAGCAGGAGGCGUACCUGGCCGCACAUCCAGAGAUUAUAGCCGCGUUGGAACUAUAUAUAAGUUACACGUCAAGUGUUAUGAAAAGGAGAUCCGAGUUUCUUAAACAAGCUGCAGAGUAUUUUUUACGUCCCUUAGAAGAUCUGGAUGCAGAUAUAAGGAAGAGGCUCGGCGUUGGACCAGAGGAUAAUUACAACAAAGGUAAAAAAGUAUACCACAUUCGUGAUGACGAGAAAUUGAUGAACGACUUGGCGGCCAUCAUUCAGAAACACUCUCCCAAGGAACCCUGGAGUCAUGUGGAGAGUUCCGUCUCUAUACCUAAUACAGAAUCCUCUUCAUUCAUAUCCGUCAAGACUUCGGAGUCCACUCUACCUACUCCAGAGCCUGUUCCGACACCGGAACCUACUUUCGAAGAACUCAUGUUCAGGAUGGUCUCGAAUGUCGUGGACAAGGCUAUAUUCCUUCACGUGGACGACGCAAUCCUGAACUACGAUACGGCAUACGUGGAACUGUCAAAGGCCGUUGAGGCGGCUAUGGAAGUUCCGGUGGUUUUGAUUAAGGAGGACAUACAUGAGAUUCUCGAGAAGGCUUAUGAACUGUUCGAAGUGGAUAUCAUAGAAAAAGAGACAUAUGCGGCUGCAAUAGCUUGGGAGAAGCGAAUGAGGAAGAAGAUGAAGAGGUCAUUACGACGCCAGGAUAACUUUAAAGGACACGAGACUCCAACAACUCCUGUAAGCCCAUCAUCGUCGAACGAGAGCUACAAGCGGCCGCCGCCCCGCCCCUGCAGGUGCCAUCCACAAUGGCACUACAAUCGAUACGAUAAGGACCGCUUUGGCAUCUACCUGCCUCGCGACUUGCAGUAUGACGGCUUGAAUGCAACGGUGACUCCGGUGCUGUCCGAUGAGGAUGCAGAAGGACAGGGAGAGGACGUUGAUGCAGUGUCCACUGUCAGCAGGAAGUCCAUGACAAGUAGAGUCAGCGAGAAGACAGUUUGA